CGAACCUCCGCACGAUCUCCUCCCGCACGCACGCACAGAACCACCACGAUGCCCACGACCUCUGCGCCAUGAUGCCCGGCCACCUCGCGCCCUCCCCCCACCUCGCAUCCCCAACCGGCCCCGAGCCGCUCCCUUUAAAUCCCCCGACCUCCUCUCUCAAUUCCCCCUGCUCCCGCAUUCGAUCCCGCCCCAGGCUGCCCAAAUUGCUCGCCGGAGUUCGCCCUCGCCAUGCCGCCUCCAGCCGGCCAUCGCUGUCGGGCGGGCCCACACUAGGCCUCGCCGUCGACACCCCCUGGUCCGCCUCGCCUUGCCGCCCCUCGUCCACCGCCUCGCCGUCGCCGGGGACCGCCGCAGCGCCGCCGGCGGGAGCCACCCGAGCCGCCGGCCAUCUCCCUCACCGCCGCCACAUCAUCCGCCUCGUCAGCCGCCACGCGUACGCCACGUAUCCCUAGCUGCUGAAGAAGAUGUUAGGAUCACGAGUCUUUGCCCAACAUGUCUGCCUGUGGCAUCCGUGAAGGAAGAGGACUCCAUGCUAUUUGCUUUCCGUUUGAUGUUGAACUCUGAUUUAUGUUUACGCUAGCCCUUGAGCUAUGCAAGUUGUAUCGAACUAUUUUAGUUUCCGCUGGAUCAUUUGUUGUAAUUGAGACCUUUGCUAUUUGAUAAUUCAUCUCAAACUGUGUGUGCUAGCAGUUCGAUCCGGGACUAGCACUAAUGCACAGGGACUUGCACUUUUUAAAGU